AGCAAUUUCGCGGGGCAGCAGCAGCAGCACAAGAGAAGAAGGAAGCUAAAAUAUUAAACAUAUAAAUACUGGGGUGCAGAGUUACAAACACCACAAAGUGAAGAAGACGGUCGGUGUGUGCGCUGGUCUUCAUGGUGUGUUUGUGUCAUUUCUGCGUCCUGCAUUUCGUCCUGAACUCGGAGCUCUGGAUAGAGUGGAGGGUCAACGCAGCUUUACGUACAUCUCAGUGAGGCCUUGAGGAGGUGCGUAAUAAUGAUGGCGACGGUGGACCCUCCGAGCAGUUCUAGUCUCCUCCCACUGAUGGAGUCUUUGGAGGACAGCACAGCUGGGCAGUCAGAGCAGACAGACGCCUACCUCACCAUCGCCAAUCGUCUCAGCGGAGAAGAAGGCCGCCAGUUUCUCCCUGCCAUUGAAAAGCACUUUUCUCGUUUGGGUAAAGCCACCUUGGCUCACAUAACCAGUCCAAAUGCAGAGCUGAGCCAAGCUGCCUUACAAGCUUUAGGCUUUUGUUUGUACCAUUCUCACGUCGCCUCUGGAGUGUCUGAAACCUUUGCAGAGGAAUUACUAUCCGCACUUUGCUCCUUGGUGAUGAAAUCAACAGACAAGAACACAUGCACCAGAGCAUUAUGGGUCAUCUCAAAACAGAACUUUCCUCCACAUGUGGUUGCCAAAAAAGUGUCGUCUAUACUGGGUGCGCUGGAGAGUGUGUGGAGUAGAGAGGAUGUCCAGUCUGCGGUGAUGGAGCAUGAGGCCUUGAAUGUUGUCAUUAGGAUGGUGGAGCAAGUACCGGCCCAGAUGGGGGAUGGAGCGGUGCGGUGGGCGAAGCUCGUCAUUCCGCUGGUGGUCCACUCUGCCUCUAAGGUGCGUCUACGGGCCGCAGCAGCCGUGGAGAUGGGCAUGCCUCUUCUCCUGGAAAAACAGAUGGACGUGGCUGCCAUCAUCGAACCAAUGAUGUCCUCAAAACUGAUACCAGAGCUCCAGAAGCUUUUCAUGUCCAAGAAUGAAACUAAUGUCCUGAAGCUCUGGCCCUUAUUUGUGAAAUUGCUCGGAAAGUUACUGCACAGAGGAGGCCCCUUCAUCAAUUCUCUGCUGCAUUUGGAGGAACUUGGUUUCCGCAGCUCUUCUCCUACCAUCAAGAAGAUUGCCUUCAUUGCCUGGAAGAGCCUCAUAGAUAACUUUGCCCUGAAUCCAGACAUCCUCUGCAGUAGCAAACGUAUGAAGCUCCUGAUGCAGCCCCUCACAUCCAUCCAUGUCAGGACAGAGGCUCUGCUGCUCACCAAGGUGGAGGUCUGGUGGUACCUGGUGGUGCAACUUGGGCCCAACCUGUCACCCAACUUUGAUCAGGUUUCUGUACCCCUGCUCCAGUGCACUAUUGGAUCUGACUCCUCUUCAGUCCCAGGCACCCCUUCUAGGGCUGUCGGUCAGAAUGGUGCUGUUGCACCGGGCACACCCAAGACUGGCACUUCAGGCUUCAACAGCCCAGCCAGCACGCCUCGGAUGAGCCUGAACUCCAGCGUCCAGAUCCCCUCCACCUUCCCCUCCAUCCAGCUGCUGGGCCUGGAGAUGUUGCUUCACUAUUUUUUGGGACCAGAGGUUAUUGCUGCAGCAUCAAAGAACAAACUCAACCUGAGUCUUGAGCCCUUGAACCACCCUCUCCUCUCUGGUGCAUCCUCUUUUACUAAACAUGCUGCUGUGCUCACCUCUAACAUCAGAGAUGGAUUCAUCAGCAUCGGCAAAGACGCUCCAGAUCCUCUUCUGGCUGUCAUAUGGAACGGCCUUGUCCAGUCUGUCAACUUAACUAUAGAGUCUGUAGGCAGUAAAAAGGAUCGCCAGGGCUGUGAGGUACUGACCAUGAUGCUCCAGGUUCUGCAGAGCAUCGUCACCUCAGAAGCUGUGCCUGCAAAUAAAGUCCUGAUUCUGUUUGAGGCCACAGUGAAAGGUCUUCCACAGAGAGUUCUUGGCUCUGCCUCCUAUCAAGUGGGCAAAAUGGAUGUGCUAAAUGGGACGCCUGCUCUGUUCCUCAUUCUGCUCCUCUACAACAGCAGCAUGCUCUCAGCCUACAUAGAGGACGAGAGGUUUUUUCAGUGCCUUCAAACGCUGGUGGGCUGCGGUUUGUCCGGACCCACUUCCCCUCUUGCGUUCGCGGAGGCGGUGCUGGGGGCCAUCAGACGCAGCGCUGGGUCCGUGCAGAACAAGGAGCGGCUGUGGAUGAUGUGGAGUGUGAUGGUCAGCCCGCUUACCGACACAAUCACACAGUCAAAUGAAGUCAACCAAGGGGACGCUCUGGAGCACAACUUUAGUGCCAUACACUCUGCCUUGUUGUUCCCAGUUACACACCUACUACGUGGCGCACCACUACAGCAGGCGGCCCAGAAGUCGAUGCUGUCUUCGUGGUCAAAGCUGUACAAAGUGUUUGCUCGGUGUUCUGCGCUGGUGGUCACAGCUGAGGAGAACAUCUGCUGUGAGGAGCUCUGUACAAAGAUGACGGCUGCAAUAGACAGAGACGCACUAAUAGUUCCUUCAACGUUAAAUGCUGUUGCCAGUUUCCUCCAUGUCAUGGUCGAGUGCGUGGACUUCUCGCCCUACACUCCUCAGUUUCAGCAGAAACUAAAGUCUCCUCACACUCCAGUAAACUGGAUGAAAAAGAGGAAUAAGGUCCUGGGGAAUCUGUCCACCUUCCAGUCACUGCUAGUUCAAUGUCUAGAGGUUUAUCUGGAGGGCCCUGAGGCUUCCUCUGAAGCCACAGGAUUGGCCCUGGUCACCGUCCUGUCUGCCCUCUUCACCAACCUCGUUCUUGCCAACACUGUCAAAGAAGCCCUGACUUCCCUGAUUCACCCUCUCACCCUCUUCUACAAACAAGCAGCCAGUGAGCCGCCCAAAUUUAACUCGCAACUUCUGGGAAAGUUGGAGAAGCUUCCUUGUGAGGUCCUCGGCUGCCUGCAGACCCGCUCUACUUUGGCGUACAACGAUGAACUCCUGGCUCUGCUUUCUCCUCUGCUUUGCGUGUUGUUUCCUCACAAGAACAAGCAGCUCCGCACUACAGUCGUCCAGUUCUGGAACUCGACCUUCGCCAACUCAGUCAGCCUCACUUAUCCCGAUGAGAUCAGGCCAGUAUUGAGCCAAGUGAAGCAGAAGACCCCAAUCAUUCUUCCUGGCUUUGAGGUUGUCAGUGUUCCUGAUGAGCUCAGUGGACAAUAUUCAAGUGAGAGUUCCCAGUUGGAGACCAAGCUGAGUGGGAUGCCGGUUUCAUCUGCGGGGAAGAGGGACUCUCUGCUGGGAAAGGCUGCUGAGCUGAAGGACAGGAGCUCCACAAAGACCUCCAAGCCAGUUUCUACAAAGCUGGACUUUGGUUCUCCCAAACCUCCUCGCAGAGAGGUUUUAGAGGAGGAGGCUUCCAUUGACUUUGUCUUCAUUCCUCCUGAGACAAAGGAGCGAGUUUUGACGGAGCACCAGAAGGAGGUGAAAAGGACUAAGAGGGUUGACAUCCCUGCUAUGUACAAUAACCUUGAUGCUUCUCUGGAUACAACGGUUUUCACCCAGUAUACACAGAGCCAAGAAGACUCUUCGGACAAAGUGCAAACUGAACAAGCUGAAGAGGUUACCAAAGAGACUUCUGGCACGGUUCUUCUUGAAGCUGUGGAAAAUGAGGAAGAUAAUGAAAUUCUAACAACAGACACUCAAGACUAUGCCAGCCCAAGAGCAGGAGAUAACAUGACAGAAAACCAAGAGCAGGAAGAGAUGAUCCCUGAGUCAGCAGAGGUUUCUAUGGAGGAUGAUGCCAAGAGUGACGAUAAGGCAGAAGAUAUGGACAUCCAGUCUAAAGAAGGCACCAGUCCUAACAUGUCUGGCUCUUCAGAUUUGGUCUCAGGAACUCCCCAGAAACCCAACAGUCGCCGUCAGUCCUUUAUCACUCUGGAGAAGUAUGCAGAGGGAAAGCCUGCCAGCCCCAGCAGUGUGUCCACCUUCACAGGUCCCCUCAUAAAGACCUCCAAUAGCCAAGAACGCUCAAACACCAAGAAGACAUCAUCCUCUAAGGCAUCCACUGCUCCAAAUGUUCAAGAUUCCCAGUCCGCUCAGACUGGAAAAAUGAACUUGCAGUCUCCAGUGAAUGAUGCCACAGAGUCUCCUCGAAGGCCAAAAGACUCUGGGACAAGAAGUGAGCCAGUUAAACUGACUGAGAGGAUGCCCAGUGAUGCGACAGAGGAUGAAGAUGUUAUCCCAGACACCCAGGCAGAAGUGGAGGCCAAGGAGAGUACAGAAAUAGAGGAAAUGAUGCCUUCAAGCCAGGAAGAGGAAUCUGAACCAACUCUCGAUGAUUCUCAAUCCUCUGUGACCCAGACCUCUCCAGGUGAACCCAGGCGGUCUGGACGUUACAGAGUCAGACCUCUGCUACCCGGAGAGGACCCCGAUGAACGCGAAGAUAAAUACACGCAGUUCAAAAGGAGACGUUCUGGAGAAGAACCUAAAAGCAAUUCUCCUAAGUCGAGCUCAGUGCAAAGCAGACCAAACACGCGAAGUAAGCAGGCUGCUGAGGAGGACAAUGGCAGAGACAGAUUACGAAGCAGGGCUCAGAAGGACAAGACUGAGUCGAGGCAAACCAAUUCUCAGGGCAGAGCACACAAGAAGAUCAAAUUGUACAGCAAUUCAGAGUUCCUUGAUCAACCUGAACCCAGAAGGAGAAGCAGUAGAGCGCAUGAGUCCAGCCAAACGGAAACACAGUCUGAUUACGAAAGCCAGUCACAGGGUAGGCAAGGUCGGCGGAGCAAAUCACUAGACACCAAGGAGAAAGAUGGAAUGAAGAAAAAUCUUUUGCCUGACAAAGAAGAGUUCAGCCAAACUGCCACACAUGAGAUUGUAGAACAGGUCGAAAAGGAUGGUGAUAAGCCAAAGAAAGAUUAUCAAAUGAUCACUCCUUCCCCUCAAACUGAUGGUACAUCCCAGGAGUUUGAGCUUGUAGAACAGAUUAAACAAGAUGAUAAACUAAAAGAUUCUCAAAUCAUCACUCCUUCCCUUCAAACUGGUGGUAUAUCCCAAGAGUCUAAGCUUGUAGAACAGACGGAACAGACUGAAAAACACAGUGAUAAACUAAAAGUGACCUCUUCUCAAACUGGUGGUACAUCCCAAGAGUCUAAGCUUGUAGAACAGACGGAACAGACUGAAAAACACAGUGAUAAACUAAAAGUGACCUCUUCUCAAACUGGUGGUACAUCCCAAGAGUCUAAGCUUGUAGAACAGACGGAACAGACUGAAAAACACAGUGAUAAACUAAAAGUGACCUCUUCUCAAACUGGUGGUACAUCCCAAGAGUCUAAGCUUGUAGAACAGACGGAACAGACUGAAAAACACAGUGAUAAACUAAAAGUGACCUCUUCUCAAACUGGUGGUACAUCCCAAGAGUCUAAGCUUGUAGAACAGACGGAACAGACUGAAAAACACAGUGAUAAACUAAAAGUGACCUCUUCUCAAACUGGUGGUACAUCCCAAGAGUCUAAGCUUGUAGAACAGACGGAACAGACUGAAAAACACAGUGAUAAACUAAAAGUGACCUCUUCUCAAACUGGUGGUACAUCCCAAGAGUCUAAGCUUGUAGAACAGACGGAACAGACUGAAAAACACAGUGAUAAACUAAAAGUGACCUCUUCUCAAACUGGUGGUACAUCCCAAGAGUCUAAGCUUGUAGAACAGACGGAACAGACUGAAAAACACAGUGAUAAACUAAAAGUGACCUCUUCUCAAACUGGUGGUACAUCCCAAGAGUCUAAGCUUGUAGAACAGACGGAACAGACUGAAAAACACAGUGAUAAACUAAAAGUGACCUCUUCUCAAACUGGUGGUACAUCCCAAGAGUCUAAGCUUGUAGAACAGACGGAACAGACUGAAAAACACAGUGAUAAACUAAAAGUGACCUCUUCUCAAACUGGUGGUACAUCCCAAGAGUUUGAGCUUGUAGAACAGACCGAAAAAGAUGAUGAUAGACUAAAAGAUUCUCAAAUGACCACUCCUUCCAUUCAAACUGGAUCCCAAGAAUUUGAGCUUAAAGAAAAAAAACCUAAAAAGGGAAAGAGAGCAUCUCAGACAAUCACUUCUCCAACUAACAACGAAUCCCAAGAUACAAGCACAACAAAGUUGGUGAAUGAAUCCGAGGUCAAUGACAAACACAAGACAAGAGAAGGUAUGGAUGACAAUCUUAGUCAAGAGGACUCUGAAGUGAUCACACCUUCGUCUUCUGACAGUCAGUCUGUGCGUAGAUCCCGGAGAAGCAAAUCAUCUGAGGCAGCAGGGUCUGAAGAUAAAAGUGAAAGUAAGGAUUCAUUAGGAAGGCAGAGUAGGUCCAGUUCUCAGGCAGCAUUGUCAGCGGUCGUCCAGGAAGAGGCCAGAAUUGGAGGUAGGACCAGAAGGAGCAAAGUACAAGAGGAGCAGUCAGUGUCGAGUCCGAGCUCCACCCCACAGAGUUCUCAGUCAUUAGAUGUUGCUGGAUCAACGGAGUCCUCUCAAGGCAGGGGCAGAUACUCAAGACGAAGAUCUUCUCAAGCCUUAGUAGCCAAUAUAGAGUCCUCAGAGUCUGAAUCCUCGGAGGCCAGGGACAAUUCACCUAUGCUCAAAAAGAGAGGCAGGAAACCUCGAGCAUCUCUUCAGAGUCCUCUCACUCUUGAAUCUAAAGACAAAAUGACCAAUGAUAUUGUAAAGGAUGAUUCUGAUACUUCUAAAAAGGCAGAUACACAAAGCAUAGAAGAUAAAAAAACUGACACUGAUUUAGAGGAUUCAUUAAAAACCCAACAUCUACAGGGUUCUGAGUCGCUCCAAGUUACACAUAACGUUGAGGAGGAACGUAACGAAGAAUCUCCAAUGGAGGUAGAGGUUGAUACUGUUCAGAAAACUGAGACUGAAGACACAAAGAGCAAAUCGCUCGGUCUGUCCCCUCACAAGGAGGGGCAAAGACAAGAGCGCUCUGAAACGAACAUGGAUGAUGCCUCUUUACAAGAAAGUGACUCUCAGGACUUGCAAUCUGCUGAAAUGCUCGAAUCAGUUGGAAUCUGUACUGAAAAUGUGCCCUGUGACCCAUCUGUGGACGCACUGGUGCCACCUAAUGAGACAACAGAGAAACUGCAGACUUCAGAGGAGGAAGCUGCACCUCAAGCAUCCGAGUCUGUUGAGAAUGUUACAGAAAAACAAAAUGAUGAUUUGGACUCAAACCACCACGAACGUCCAGUUCCAGUGGAGGAUGCAGCUGAGGACAGUCACAGCACCUCUUUUGGACAAAAUCAAAUGGAGUGUCUAGAUGUCGUACCGGAUUUUUCAAAGGAGGAGGAAGAGUCUGCCUCCAUCAAAGAAGGCCAAUCAACAAACGAGCACACAGAGGCCAGCGCCGGUGAUGACAUCACACCUCUACAGGAGAGCGAUAAAGACGGCAAAACCCAGAGUGUAGAGUGUCAGGAUGAAGAGGAAACUGAGACCGCCAACGAUGAGAACAAUGUCGUAGCAAAUUUGGUUGAUGUCUGCAAUACAUCAGUGUUAUCAGAAUCGACGAGCAAAGAUGCUUUUCUGGAUUCUCCAGCAAAACAAAAUGACCUGGAGGCUGUAAUGGAGACGGAUGUCAUCCACAGCCCCAGUAGUGGCCGAACCAAAGGAACCUGGUCUCCUUCAGCCUCCCCAUCGACCAGUAUUCUUAAAAAGGGCCAGAAGAGACCACUAGAGGAUGAGACUCCCUCACCUCUUGUCAAAUCCAGGCGUGUAUCCUUUGCUAAUCCAAUCCAACAUCAGGAAGUAGCAGAUGACAUUGAUCGUCGCAGCCCUGCCAUCAGAACCAGCUCGCCUAGGAGAUCCAAAGUUAGCAGUGUGCCACAGCCUAAGUAUGUCACUACUCCAACAAAAGGCUUGCUGGUCUUUAGUCCCAGAAAUCUGCAUAGUCCAGGUUACAAGAGCUCCAAGAAAUGCCUGAUUUCUGAAAUGAGCCAAGAGCCGCGGCCUGUCUCCAGAGACUGUAUCUACCCUGCCCUGGUUGGCUGCUCUGCACCUGUAGAAGCUGUGCUGCCUCAGAUAUCCUCCAACAUGUGGUCUCGGGGCUUUGGGCAGCUUGUUCGAGCCCGAAACAUCAAAACAGUUGGUGACCUCAGUGCUCUUACUCCCAGUGAAAUCAAGGCUCUGCCAAUUCGCUCACCAAAGAUCUCCAAUGUCAAAAAGGCACUCAAAAUCUAUGAACAACAGCGUAAAGGACGAGGUGGUGAUGAGUUGAAGAGUUUUGAUGAAACUGAGAUGAUGACUUCUGAACUUGAGGAGACCAGUGCUCCUCAAAACCAGGAUGAAGAGGAUAAGACCUCAGGCGAGACACUAGCAACAGAGCUGAUGGACGAGCCUGUUUCUGACGAUGGGAGGCCGGAGCAAGAAAGCUCCGGGAAUCCGACACCUGACACGCUGGUUGGACAACGAAGACCUGCGGGUCACCCUGAAGGGCUGCUGUCAGAGGUGGAGGCCCUGACCUGCAGGAUGACGCCAUUAGAACUCGGUUACUGCUCACCACAGCAGCUCGUUCAGAUGCACGAUCAGUUGGGAGGCAUGAUGAGGCGUGUGGUAGUCGAGCUGCAGACACGCCUGUGCCAAACAGAUGGCAAACCCUGAAGAGACUACUGCUUCUGUUGGAUCAGACUGCUAUAAAGACCUUUUUUAAAAAGAAGAAUCUAUUCAAUAUGACCCAAAGGAUUUGACCCUUUUUCUUUCAUCAACCAAGGCUUUGUUUAGAAAUGGGAGAAGGAUUUUAUGGUUUUAACUCAGAAUGCCUUGGCCUAGUCUCACCUUAUUGUUUUUGUUUUAGUUAUGUUUUUUAAAUGCUAGCAGCACUUUUUUUCAUUUUUAGCUUGAGCUGUUGUGUAGUUUAUGAAUCUAAGAAACACUCAAAGGGAAACACUCUUUUCAAGCUGUGUCAAAAGAAGGUUUUUAAGAACUGUAGUCUUGAUGGUAUUUUCCUACUUUAUCCUCUGUAGACUGUGUAUAUGAUUCCUCCAUGUGCCUGUUUUUAGGCUGUUUACAACUCAACUCAUCAGUGCUCUUGUAUAUUUUUGUAGUCUGUCACUCCAUGUUAACGUCUUAUUGCAUUUUUAAAUUUAUGAAGCAUACUGUAGAUGUUGGUAGACAGUGUGCACUUCAGUCUCUAUUUGUGGUUUUAAAUACUUCAAUAAAAGAAAGAACUGAUUUUA